GGGUUGGAGUUAGGGUUAGUGUUGGAGCUAGGGUUAGGGUUGGGCUUGGAGCUAGGAUUUUUCUGAGUGCAAUGAACCAACUCCCGAGUCUCUAGGACGUUCCUAAAAAAAUGUGAGUUUUUCCCAUAGGAAUGCAUGGGUUAGGGUUAGGGUUAGGGUUGGAGCUAGGGUUAGGGUUAGGGUUAGGGUUGGAGUUAGGGUUAGUGUUGGAGCUAGGGUUAGGGUUGGGCUUGGAGCUAGGAUUUUUCUGAGUGCAAUGAACCAACUCCCGAGUCUCUAGGACGUUCCUAAAAAAAAUUGAUUUUUUCCCAUAGGAAUGCAUGGGUUAGGGUUAGGGUUAGGGUUAGGGUUAGGGUUGGAGUUAGGGUUAGUGUUGGAGCUAGGGUUAGGGUUGGGCUUGGAGCUAGGAUUUUUCUGAGUGCAAUGAACCAACUCCCGAGUCUCUAGGACGUUCCUAUAAAAAAUUUGAUUUUUUCCCAUGGGAAUGCAUGGGUUAGGGUUAGGGUUAGGGUUAGGGUUGGAGCUAGGGUUAGGGUUAGGGUUAGGGUUGGAGUUAGGGUUAGUGUUGGAGCUAGGGUUAGGGUUGGGCUUGGAGCUAGGAUUUUUCUGAGUGCAAUGAACCAACUCCCGAGUCUCUAGGACGUUCCUAAAAAAAUUUGAUUUUUUCCCAUAGGAAUGCAUGGGUUAGGGUUAGGGUUAGGGUUAGGGUUGGAGCUAGGGUUAGGGUUAGGGUUAGGGUUGGAGCUAGGGUUAGGGUUAGGGUUAGGGUUGGAGUUAGGAUUAGGGUUAGGGUUGGAGUUAGGGUUAGUGUUGGAGCUAGGGUUAGGGUUGGGCUUGGAGCUAGGAUUUUUCUGAAUGCAAUGAACCAACUCCCGAGUCUCUAGGACGUUCCUAAAAAAAUUUGAUUUUUUCCCAUUAGAAUGCAUGGGUUAGGGUUAGGGUUAGGGUUGGAGCUAGGGUUAGGGUUAGGGUUAGGGUUGGAGUUAGGGUUAGUGUUGGAGCUAGGGUUAGGGUUGGGCUUGGAGCUAGGAUUUUUCUGAGUGCAAUGAACCAACGCCCGAGUCUCUAGGACGUUCCUAAAAAAAUUUGAUUUUUUCCCAUAGGAAUGCAUGGGUUAGGGUUAGGGUUAGGGUUGGAGCUAGGGUUAGGGUUAGGGUUAGGGUUGGAGUUAGGGUUAGUGUUGGAGCUAGGGUUAGGGUUGGGCUUGGAGCUAGGAUUUUUCUGAGUGCAAUGAACCAACUCCCGAGUCUCUAGGACGUUCCUAAAAAAAUUUGAUUUUUUCCCAUUAGAAUGCAUGGGUUAGGGUUAGGGUUAGGGUUAGGGUUGGAGCUAGGGUUAGGGUUAGGGUUAGGGUUGGAGUUAGGGUUAGUGUUGGAGCUAGGGUUAGGGUUGGGCUUGGAGCUAGGAUUUUUCUGAGUGCAAUGAACCAACUCCCGAGUCUCUAGGACGUUCCUAAAAAAAUGUGAGUUUUUCCCAUAGGAAUGCAUGGGUUAGGGUUAGGGUUAGGGUUGGAGCUAGGGUUAGGGUUAGGGUUAGGGUUGGAGUUAGGGUUAGUGUUGGAGCUAGGGUUAGGGUUGGGCUUGGAGCUAGGAUUUUUCUGAGUGCAAUGAACCAACUCCCGAGUCUCUAGGACGUUCCUAAAAAAAUUGAUUUUUUCCCAUAGGAAUGCAUGGGUUAGGGUUAGGGUUAGGGUUAGGGUUAGGGUUGGAGUUAGGGUUAGUGUUGGAGCUAGGGUUAGGGUUGGGCUUGGAGCUAGGAUUUUUCUGAGUGCAAUGAACCAACUCCCGAGUCUCUAGGACGUUCCUAUAAAAAAUUUGAUUUUUUCCCAUGGGAAUGCAUGGGUUAGGGUUAGGGUUAGGGUUAGGGUUGGAGCUAGGGUUAGGGUUAGGGUUAGGGUUGGAGUUAGGGUUAGUGUUGGAGCUAGGGUUAGGGUUGGGCUUGGAGCUAGGAUUUUUCUGAGUGCAAUGAACCAACUCCCGAGGCUCUAGGACGUUCCUAAAAAAAUUUGAUUUUUUCCCAUAGGAAUGCAUGGGUUAGGGUUAGGGUUAGGGUUAGGGUUGGAGCUAGGGUUAGGGUUAGGGUUAGGGUUGGAGCUAGGGUUAGGGUUAGGGUUAGGGUUGGAGUUAGGAUUAGGGUUAGGGUUGGAGUUAGGGUUAGUGUUGGAGCUAGGGUUAGGGUUGGGCUUGGAGCUAGGAUUUUUCUGAAUGCAAUGAACCAACUCCCGAGUCUCUAGGACGUUCCUAAAAAAAUUUGAUUUUUUCCCAUUAGAAUGCAUGGGUUAGGGUUAGGGUUAGGGUUGGAGCUAGGGUUAGGGUUAGGGUUAGGGUUGGAGUUAGGGUUAGUGUUGGAGCUAGGGUUAGGGUUGGGCUUGGAGCUAGGAUUUUUCUGAGUGCAAUGAACCAACGCCCGAGUCUCUAGGACGUUCCUAAAAAAAUUUGAUUUUUUCCCAUAGGAAUGCAUGGGGAAAAAAAUUUGAAAAAUUUUUUAAGUGCCAACCCAAUUUUUCACCUUCCAGAAUUGUGUUAGGAGCACGUUUCAGGGCACGGGGAGUCUAUAGAACCUAAUUCUGGGGGAAGUUUUUUGAAAAUCUCAGAUUGCCUUUAAAUUUAUCUUUUUUACUUUUGAAUUUUCAUGUGGUUUAUAAUCAUCACUGUUUGGUGGGCCCUCAGGUUAGACUUAAAUCCAGACUAUGGCCCUUGCUGUGGUUGAGUUCGACACCCCUGGACAAAACCUAGAUAUGUUUAAUUGUGUUUUAUUUCAUUUCAUGAUGGAUUUUCUUAAAUGACAAAAUAUAAUCUUAAAUGAGCAUCCACACUCAAAUUUCAAAGUCUUACUUUAUUUUUUCAGUAUACAUUAUUUGAACCAAUUCCCCACGAUAUUCUUGGUAUUGUGUGUUAUAUUGAAAACGUCUUCACUGUUACUCUUGCACACAUCUACACAACACAAGUAGUUUGCGAAACUUGCGGAUGUGGCUCCUCUUGACUUGCGCGGCUUUCCGUAGUUUUCAAAAACACGAUGGCAGCUUCAACCGAGAGCAAAAAAGGAGCUGAAUUAUCCAAAGCAGAAUAUUUAAAACGAUAUCUAUCCGGGGGCGAAGAUGAGAAGAAAUCAAAAGGGAAGCUUAAAAAGAAACGGCGUAAGGUUCCUGGACAUGGGUGAGUCUGUGAUAAUAGUUUAUUUAACGGUGUUGUAGCUCUUAAGCUAACUGGAAUCUCUUGUAUUGCUCUCGCUGCUUUGAAAAUGUGUCUUAAAAUGAUGGUUUACAUUGUUUUAAUGAACUCCUCUUUGUAUUUUUGACAAAGUCUGAAGAUAGUGGACGACGAUAUAGACUGGAAGCAAAUGGUUAAACUAGACGAAGAGCCCGAAGAGGAUGAAGAGGAAGCACCAAUAGUAAGAUCUCAUCUUAGCUUAUAUGCUAACACUUUAGCCUGUGUCCAUUCAGUUAUUAAGUAAAGGAUUAAAUCCCCAAAUUAACCCCUAAAUGAAGGAUUCACAGCUUAAAGCACAGGCCGUGUACCUGAAAUAAGUGCAUGUCCCUCUUUAGUUGCGAUCAGGUUUGCUUGUUGUUAGUUGACGGUUUGUAACAAAUAUACAGAAUGACCCUUUAUUUCUAAGAAAACGGUGAAUGGAGCGAAUAUACUGGUUUAAAAAAACUGGAUUUAGCUUAAACUUAGCUUAAACUAUGAUUGCCUUGAUGUAGUGAUCCGAAAUAUGAAAAAUGGCUCAUCUUACCCCACUCUCCCCUAUACAGAAUGGCCCUUUAUUUGUUAGUUUAUAUCUGUUUAUGUAAAGCAAAAAUGAUCAGUGAAUGGAGCAAAUACACUGGUUUAAAAAAAAUGGAUUUAGCUUAGAAAUUUUACUUUUGGGGGGUUUCAGUGCAUAUAUCAAUAAUAUCAAUAAUCAAUUGAUUUCGUCACCUCAUCACAACUGAUUAUAUUUUAAUAAAAGUUAAGGUAACGAAAUGAUAGCCACUAUCACAAGGUCACCAAAUAGUGUAGUCAUGGAGAAAUCCACCUCUGUUUGUAUGUCAUUUAGUCAACCCUCUCUUGAACCGUCAUUUUGUCUUUGCCUGUGCAGAUAGCUGAGGUAAUUGAUGAGAGACCAGAUGAAAUCAAACAACUGGAAGUCUUCAGAACCAGCAACAGAUGGAAGGUGAUAGGAGGUAAUUGGUAUUUGUGUGUAGAUUACCUUUGAACAAGGUGUCAGUGUCAUGAGUUUAAUAACAGUAAGUUUACUCUGUUAACAGUUGAAGAGAAUGAGGAUGAAGAAGGUGAGAUAGGAGAAGGCCAACAUCAUUCAGAGACUGAAGCACCAAGCAGGAGUCGCCAUGAUUCACCUGAUAUUUCACCAAAGAGAAGGAGACAUGAUUCCCCUGUUAGAAAGACCCGACAUGACUCUCCAGAUGUAUCCCCUCCCAGGAGAGGACGCCAUGACUCUCCUGACCUGUCACCUCCAAGGCAACAGUCAGGAAAGUCAGGGAAGGUGCAAAACAAAGGUGAGUGAUGAGAAGUAACUUUGAGGCUAGACCUGGCAUCUGUUUGCAUUUAACAAACUAAGUUUACCAAAAAGAAAACCAUCAAAACAACCAAAAACCUAUUAUUAUUAUCAUACAUCAAGUCAACUCAAUUGGUUAUAGAAGUUGAAUUUAAAUAAUGCAUGAUAAGUUGAGCAGUUGAUGAGCACAUGUUACAAAUUGAAACUAGGCCUGUCGCGAUAAUCAAUAAAUCGCCUUAUCGCUCGAUAAAUAAAAACGAGGUCGAUAACUUUGCCAGCCUCGAUAAUUGACGUGCGUUUGUUUUCCUCCUCUCUCGCUACCAAACACGCUGGAUGAGAGAAGAGGUCUCACUCUGUGCAUUUUUCUCGGCACCUGGGGGCGUUGGCUCUAUAGCGGAAUGAACGGAGUUAGUGAACCCUCCUGUCAGUCAUUCAGUGUCUUUGUCACGAGGGGGCUGGCGCGCACAGGCACACAGACACAGACUUUUGGAUACAGUGCUGCAAGUGAGCGUCGUGAGUGAAAAGCAAGCAAACAGAAUGAACACGACAGCUUUGGUGUCUAAACCGAACGCAACAGCCCAAGUGUGGGAAUAUUUCGGCUUUAAACCAGUUUUGUUUUCGUCAACCACAAAACUCGUGUGUGUGUGCGCGAGCGCGUGUUUCUGUGUGUUGGAGGAGCACAGCAGGCUGAUGAGAGCUGUCAGAGCGGACUGAAGCAGCUCCUGUAUGUUUAGCGUUUAAUUGACUGAGUUUUGCAACUCUGUCAUUUUCGUCUCGUCCCAUCAACGUAAACGCACUUUCGUCUCGUCACAUUUAAGUCAUCUCCGACUUAUGUUUAGCUCGUCAACGUUACGUCUUCGUCGUGGAAGAAAGGGAAAUAUUUUAGUCAACGAAAACAACCAGUGUUGUUCUCGUUGACGAAAAUAUUUCCCUUUUUGGACGCUGGCGUUGACGAAAAUAUUUGACAAAAUAUGACAGAACAACACUGCUUUAAACCAAAUGAAAGAGGUGAGCCCACAAAUACAGACGAGCCGAUAUGUCGUAUUUGUUCCAAAGUUGUGGUGACAAAGAAGGGGAAUAAGACGAACAUGCAUGUGCACCUCAAGCACAAUCAUCCCCUCCAUUUUUCUCAACUGAGCAAAAAAAGUACCGCCGGAGGUGCUGCGGAGCCAUCGUCCCGACAGGUACCGCUUACUGAAGCAUUUGGUAAGCAAAGCAAAUAUAAACAAAACAGCGCAAAAUGGUGCGCGCUGACAGACAGUGGAAAUUAAAGUUUAUCACUUUUGACACGUGUACUCGCAUUAUUAUGCCAUAUAAUAUCAUUAUCUAUAAUUUAAAAAACGGUGUCAAUAAUAUCGUUUAUCGGCGAUAAUUUGUAGCACAAUUAUCGUCCAGCAAAAUUUGUUAUCGUGACAGGCCUAAUUGAAACUAACAGGCCAAAAACAAGUCUUUUUUUCUGACACUCACAAAGAGAGUUUUUAUUGUUCAAAUGUUUAUUAAUAUAUACAGUUGACCAAACUCUUAAUUACUUUUUGUUAGAUUUGUCCCCAGUCAGAAGGAAACAUUCACCAUCACUGUCAAAGAAGACUCAGAAAAGGCAUGAUUCAGACUCUGACCAGUCGCCUCCACGGAAGAAGCCUGUAAAGGGAGGGGCUUCAGACUCUGACCAGUCUCCUCCGAGGAGGCACACAAAAACAAGAGGUGGCUCUGAUUCGGACCAGUCACCCCCCAGGAGGCGACAGCAGAGUGGGAAAGACUCUGAUGGAGAUUUGUCACCACCUCGUAGGCUUGGCCAGUCACAGGUCAGCAUAUUUUGUCGAAAGAGCAACCUGAGGUUGGAUACACCCCCAACUGCUGUUUAACAUGGUGUCAGCUCACUCACAUGCAUGCUUCUUUACUUUUUUUAGGAGACCAGGAUGCUUUCUGGUGGAAAGGCGGGUCUGGUUUCUGUGGAUGUUUUAAGGAGGGAACAGGAGGAGAACCGACGCAGAGAGCGAAACAACAGACCACUGGAAGGUAAAUCCAGAUUACAUUUGUAUCAGAUGAACAGGUUAUAGGACUUAACCAUUGCAUUUCACAUAGUUUAGCUGAUGUACUGACUUCCUCAAGGUCUCAAAUGUCUGUCACAAUUUUAAUUAGGUCUGUCAAGGGUGCGUUUGUUUUUGAUAACAUUAUGUGUCUUUUUUACUGUUAUGGCCAGAUGAAUCUCGCAAUGCCGAGACAGUGUUCAGAGACAAGAGUGGCAAAAGGAGGGAUCUGGACUCAGAGAGAGAAGAACAGAAGAGGAAAGCUGGAGAAAAAGCAGCAAAGGAUGAGAAAUAUUCUCAGUGGGGAAAAGGGUAAGUCUAAAUGAAAUUGUUCAGUGUAAGCUGCAGUUAUGACCACAUUAAGACCCUGAAGUGUGUUGUGCGCCAACUUCUUCAAUAAUUAAGUCAACAUGUGUAAUUAGGUUGGCCCAGAGCCAGAUGCAACAGCAGAAACUUGAAGAUGCGCUGCAUGAAGCUCAGAAGCCGCUGGCGCGUCACUGCGAUGAUGAGGAUCUUGACCGUAUGUUGAGAGAACAAGAAAGAGAGGGAGAUCCUAUGGCCGCCAUGCUCCGACGAAAAAAAGACCACAAUACAAAAGCAGGUUUGAAGUGUUAGAUAUGUGUAUCAUGUUACCUGAGUUGACUUUAUCUUUGAUUUCUUAUUAUUUUUACACAGAACAUAUAUUGACGCUUCAUUGUGUUGUUUUUGCAGAGAAACCUCAAUACAAAGGCCCAGCUCCUCCUCCAAACCGUUUCAAUAUUUUACCAGGCUAUCGCUGGGAUGGCGUUAACAGGUAAAGUUUGUGGGAUUCUGUGACCAGCAUUUAUAGUGUCAGGAAUGCAGUCGUAUGUCCAUUUUUAACACACACACACCGCAUAUGUAGCUGUAACUGUUCUGUUAAUUUCGUGCAGUUGCCUAAUCUAAAGUACUGGUGUGUCUGAUGAAAGAUGAAGGGAAGGAUUUGGAUUUAAAAGUAACACCGUAUUUUGGUUUGUGUGCUUCACAGGUCUAAUGGUUUCGAAAAGAAACGCUACACGCGGAUUGCAGAUAAAAAAGCCGUUCAGGAAGCGGCCUAUAAAUGGAGUGUGGAGGACAUGUAAUGGCAAACAGAAACUGCUGUCGAGAGUUUCGCUGUGGAGCAGAAGUCAUAAGUUGAUGGGAAAAAUCUUACUUGCACGGUUAAAACAACUGCAAAGAGGACAUGUCACCUAAAAAGACCUGAAGAAUUGGUUGAGUUUGACUUUGCAGAGCAGACAUCACAUUGUAACAAAUUGAUGAACUUCAAUACCUCCUGUGCAUAGUGAUGAAGUGACAUCUAUUGACGUCUUAGGUGAUGAUGUCUGUAUAAUUUUGUAAUAACUGAUUCAGUUUUCAACAUAGAAAUGUGUUUUCACCAUUUUAUUAAAUAUUUUUUGUAACCAUG